UGCAAAGGAAGUCCCGACCUCAUGGGCAGUCCAGCACUCAGUACUCGGUGACCAUGCCUUCGUGUUGGACGAUCUGAAUUUACAUAGUACAAGUUACAAGGUCGCCACUAGAAAAUGCGAGAGCGGGCUCAAGUGCUCACGGGUCCCAUCACUUAUGCAACCGCAAGCUUGUCUCCACCGCCCGUGUCGCUCUAUCGUUCAGACUAUGACCCUCAUAGGUGUGUUUGAACCCAAUUUGAACUUCGGAAAGUAUCGCUGGACUAUUGGCAUUUGUCUCGCGGGAGCUUUGGUCUGUGCGCUUCUUCUGCCAACUGCCCUGAUGCUAACUGCAUUCCUUGACAAUGCCAUCUUGUCUGUACAUACCCACGCGCCUUAUGAAGACCCCCAAAUCUCGCCUCCUGUGCAUGUGCAGUUCAUUGAUUGGGUGCUGGGCAUUUGCUCGUUCUUUGGUAUCAUCAACUUGAUCGACAAGGGUAGGAUCAGAGGGGAUGAUCAUGGAGACUCCUCGGCCGCGUGGAGGGUACGUCUCUUCCUAUUCAUUGGAUUUGCUUUCAUGGCUGGCGGACUGGCGGGGAGCGUGUCUCUUCUCGUGCUGAAAUACGUCAUGAUGGACUACCCGAACAGUACACAUACUACGGCUAUGCCAACGUAUCGCAGAACGUGGCCUUGAUGCUGUCGUCAGUUGUGCUUUGAAUUGCACAAAGUGCGCAGACCGAAUAUGAUUAUAGCGUUACCCUUUAGUAACAGAUACAGUUUCAUUGAUGUUGUUGAAUUUUUCAGUGUAGCUGUGGAUAUGUAUCUUUCUUUUGCGACUCUGUCACUGGUGCGACAACUUGAG